AUGACUAAGAAGAAGGAAAAAACCCCUCAAGUGGUAGCGGCACAAGGCCAACAGACACCCAACGUUAAGAAGAAUAAGAAGCAAACCAACUUGCAGGAAAUGAUGGCGCAGGCUGAGCAGACAAACGUUCUCGUCCAUCGUCGCGGUUUGGCAAAAGAACAACUUCAGUUAGAUGAGGCUGAGGUGCGACACUACAUAAAAAAGGUAGAAGCAGCGCACAACGACCUUCAUGAAAAAAUCCUUGCGUUAGUCCAUGUCGACGACAGGGAAGAGCACGAUCAGCAUUAUGUUCAGUUCGAUGAACUACAAGAUGAGAUCUCCAUUAAGCUGGAAGAGCAGUUGGCCAAGUGCUCUGCUACUGCAUUCGCGUCUAGAGCUACCUUUGCCCCAUCUCAACCUCAUGCUCCCAUAUUGGUUCACCAGCCUCUGAAAAUUCCAAUUCCUACCUUUGAUGGCCGCUACGAAAGCUGGCCAAAGUUUAAAAAUACUCCUGAUCCUCCUGCUGUCAAGCUGUACCACCUGGAUAAGGCUUUGACAGGCAGUGCUGCUGGUAUAAUUGACGCAAAGACCAUCAGUGAAGGAAAUUACAAUCAUGCUUGGGAGAUACUUGAGGAAAGGUAUGAGAACAAACGUCAUGCCAUCGAUAAACACAUCCAUGGCUUAUUGAAUCUCAAAAGGAUGUCCCGGGGAACCUACGAUGAGCUGAGAAAGUUGCUGGACGAAUGCUCGAAACACGUCGAGAGUUUGAAGUUUUUACAACAAGAAUUUCUAGGAGUAUCGGAGCUCAUUUUGGUCCAUGUGUUGGCAUCCGCCUUGGAUAAGGAUAUCCGACGUCGUUGGGAACACACGGUCAAACACGGUGACCUACCCGGUUUGAAUAGCGUAAUCAACAGAACAACAUGA